UUUUUUUUUUUUAAAUUUUUUUUUGUUCUUCCCUUUUGUUUGUUUUCUUCUGUUUUGUUUUUGCAUUCGUUACCAACAAGUCACGCUUGGUCACUAGACCUCAAAUGUUCACGACUCAGGAGUCCCAGGGUUAGCUCUCAUAAUGCAUAAAUUAUCUCAAUGGUUUUAUCAUUUUAACCCGAAGUCUCUCAGCUUACAUUUACAACUUAACAUGGCAUUUCUUCUGGCAGGUCCCGGACAGGGAUGGGUAUUCUUAGCCUGCGAAAAUAGCCGUCCUUCUGGACGGCUGUUUACGCAGGCUAAACUUAGUAUUCUCGUCGGACUUUGUGAACAAACAAACCGGCUAAUUUGUAGUCCAAGCCAGGCAUGGCAUUUUAAAAUGUAUCUGCAACAACAAGACAUAAAUUACUGUUUCUAGGAUUUAUAAAUCAUACGGUCUGAACAAACUCUCCAAGUGAGUGGGAAAGCUUUCUGCGAUCUCUGUCAUCUCCAUCCACGAGAGAAAGAUCACUUCGUGACAGCGUGACCCAACACUCUUGUGACAUGUACGGCAUCGAAGAGAAAACAGUAGAAAUUGAAAACGCGCUUUUUCGACAUUUUUGGGUUUACUUCGACACAUCCCCGAUUAAAAUCUUCUACAGCAAGUGAUAAAUGAAUAGCUAAGGUAUUCAUGUUCCACAGGUGAGAGUUUUGAGGGCCCUGCUUUCGUAAGAAACCGUAGAAACCGUACCAUGCAAAUCAGAUUGCACGUGUGGUAUAUCAGUUACUCAUUUGACGGGGUGGUAGAUUUUGGGCAUUUUUCAGAGAAAAAAAAGAAUUGUAAAUAGUGGCAAGAGUCCGAAUUAAAUUGUAUGAACGCUUCAUCAUCAGAAAUAAAGUACUACACUUCAAAUCUUAAAUCAGAAAGGAUAAACAGGUCACGCGAGAACUUAUUAUUCGUAUACUUUGAUUGGAUGACAACUGACAGCCAGUUGUAGCAAAUGAAGCCUUUGAUCACGCAAGCUAGAAACGCUUUCGGUCUCCGCUGUAUUUACGAAAGAAUGCAAAAAAAAUGGCGACGGGCGGAAAUGUACCCGAGCUAGGCGGGUAUGAUUACGAGUUUAUACGUAAAGUUCCCGAGGAUUGGGAAUGUCUUGUGUGUCAUUUAACAAUGAAAGAUCCUGUGCAGAUUAUGGGAUGUGGACAUAGACUCUGUAGCAUCUGUAUGGAAUCCCUGUUGAGGCGCACAUCACCGACAUGUCCAGCAGACAGACAACGUUUGUCACGUGAGAAGAUAUUUCCAGAUGCCGCUUGUCAUCGCAUAAUUCUGGAUCUUACCGUGAAAUGUCCUUAUUUUGGAUGUUCAUGGACCGGAGAACUGCGGUCCGUGAAGCUCGUACGCUCCCGCAAGUUUGCCUCUACUGUGUCAUGGGUGAUAAAAUUCGGUGUUGAAAUUACCUUGGAAGUGCUCGACCUGCAUGAUUCUUUAAUUUACGGUUGUUUUUGCUUCCAGCUUGAGGUUCAUGUUCGCGAUGAAUGUCCUGCAACGGAAGUUCAGUGUGAAUACAAGAACUUGGGAUGUGAAGAAGUGUUUCCGAGAUCAAACGCCCAUUCUCACGCGGAAACUCAUGUUGAACGUCAUUUGGACCUAGCCCUCCGCGGCCUUGAAACUACCCACAACCAAGUUCGCGCUCUUGCCAGCCUGGUGAAGGAACAGUCGCAAAAGAUACAGAAACUAGAGAAGGAAAUGUCCAAGGUUAAUGAGCAACCCCAUCAGAUAGAAAAGCUAGAGGAAGAUGUGUCAAAGGUUAGAGAGCACUCGCAAGAGAUAGAAAGACUGAAGAAGGAUAUAUCUCAAGUAAAAGCACACACACGACAAGAGGAGAAGCUGGAGAAGAUUACCGAGAACUAUGCCCCGUUUGUAUGGAAAAUUCCUCACUUUCAAGCCGUUUAUGAGAGAGCAGUGACAGGAGAACAAGAGGUUGUGCUGAGCGAGCCGUUUUAUUUGUUUAAAAACGGAUACAAGCUGAAAAUAAAAAUGAUGCCUAAUGGAGGUAAUACACUCGACCCUGUCGCACAUAAAGAAUAUAAAGGAAGAUUUCUGUCGCUCUAUAUCAAAGUUAUUCCUGGAGAAUAUGAUUCGAUAUUACCGUGGCCUUUCACAGAAAAGGUACGAGUUACAUUGAUUGAUCAAUAUGUGCGCAAGGACAUGAGAGAAAACAUAUCGCUUGUUAUUGACCUUGGCGAUCACGCGUAUUUUCGUCCUGUUGUUGAAAAAGAUGCUGAAUAUGGCUUUCCGGAUUUCGUCAGCCAAGAUAUUUUGCGAUCACGAUCGUAUGUUAAAACGAAUACAAUUUUUAUAAUGGCCAGUAGAGAAUAUCGAACAUAGACAAAAUAUAAUUUAUCUCAACUGAGAGAGAUUUUAUAAAAGGAUCGAUGGAAUUUCAUAGAAGGAAUGGGAUUCAUAAUCGGGGACGGAUCCCCGAUUAUGGCUCCUGCAUGUAUGUCGUUUCUCCUCACCAAUUAACAGAUCAGGAAAUAUCAAUUAAUUAAUGUGGGUUCGAAGGAGGGGUGGGUACUAGCUAGGGGUAUGGAAUUUUGUUCUCGAUUUAAUUGAGAUAGCUAUCUCGCUUUAAGCUGGUGAUUAAAAAUUCUGUUUUAAUUUUUAAGGAAAAUCCGUUAUCCUCACUUUUUUUUCUUUUUAAUAGAGAAAUGGUAUUAAUAAAUGAAGGGAGUUUAAAGAGACUUUUUUUCUAUUCCAAGAGGCCAGUCGAAAAAGUUUGAUAGUUUCUCACAGCUUUUUUUCCCCCAGAUUUUAUUGAAGCGUUUUACAAAAUAAUAAACCAUAAAAAAAACGUUACCCCCUAGCCUACAGUGCAGGCGUUAUUUUGGAACAGAACGAUUAAUAAACUAGGUUUUCGAUACCGCCAUCUUGGAUUAUAACUGGAUGCUUGACCGCCAUUUUUUCCACUUCGGGCCAACUUCCCCAGCAAAUUUUCCAUCGACCCAGUCCUCCACAGUUACCGAACUUACUAAGCCGGAUAGCGGCCUAGUACGAAAAUGUGCACUCGCGCGGCCACUGCAUCUAUGAACAAGUGUCCCGCCCUUGCAUCUCAAUUUUUUUGACAAAGGAAGAAGAGGAGGUAUUGCAAGCUUGAAUUGGACAGACGAAAGAAGUCGAAAAUGUUACCUCGAAAAACACCCCUACAUUUCUCUUAGAUUUACCUUGGGCAGGAGAUUCUCUUGCCUUGGGAACGGGUAUUACAAAUAAAUUAUAAUUUAAAUUGUAUCUCUUUCUUAACUUCUUAUUCCUGGAGACCGUGUCUUCUGAACUUGCCUUGCCUGGAAAACACAUGGAAUCAAGUGCAAACAUUCCACGAUCAUGCCUUUAAUCCAGUCCAUUAACUUUCCCACUCC